UUCAUAUUUCCUGAUAUCUCCUCCAUCGGGCGAGCCUUCUGGACAUUCGGCCACGCCCUCUGGACAUCGCUCAGCAUCCAUCUGCCCGCUGUUGUCCAGUUCCCAUCGGACGUCUUUGAAACUUUGACAGAUAUUCACACGUUGGUAUCUCCGUCGUUUUAUCACACCUCAUGACCUCUUUAUCAUGUGGAGGAAGUUGAGGGCGACAACGCUGAGCUUCCUACAAACAUCAACAGGAAGUGACUCUGCAGCGCAGGAAGAAGAAUAUCGUCUUUCGAAGCUCCAAGAAGACGCAUCCAACAGCUUCCCAUAGUCCCCCUCUACGUCCUCCAUCCCACAGCUUCCCAUAAUCCCCCUCUACGUCCUCCAAUCCCCACACAGUGACUGCUGAGGCCCCUCUGCUGAGGAACAUCUUCACCAGGCUGCAAAACAACGUCUUGCCCCCUGGACAUCCGGUCACGCCCUCUGGACAUCCGGCCGAGCCUUCUGGACAUCCGUCCACGCCCUCUAGUCAUCUGGCCACACCCUCUGGGCAUCCAGCCGAGCCUUCUGGUCAUCCGGGUGAGCCUUCUGGACCUCCGGCCGAGCCCUCUGGUCAUCCGGCCACGCCCUCUGGCCAUCCGGCCACGCCGUCUGGACCCGCACACGACACCCAGACGACAUCCAGUAGCAAAGCCCUUCUGGACCUCAACAGGAUUGGAUGACGUGCUCUUCUUUCCCAUUCCCCCAGGAUUUAGUUCACCAGACAUUUGGACUGUACCUGUCCAGUGCCCUCUGACAUCACACCGACCCCUAGAGUAGAUAUACGAUACAUGACCCCCUGGUGCUGAACUCUUAAAGGCAGCCUGUUAGUCUACUAUUGUGAAACUACAAAGAUGGCCACCAUCGUGAUAGUCUACCAGUAGGGCAGCCAUUUUGGUUUGUAGUUCUUUUUUACGAUUGCAAUUUUUUUUUGGCUGACGUGCUCUUCCCCAUUACCCCAUGACAUUCGUUCACCAGACAUUUGGACUCCACCUGUCCAGUGUAGUAUCAAUACUCACCUCUGGAUCUCCUUGACGUAAACACGCAACACUUUUGUGCUAAAAACUCUUUGGAGCCCAAACAUGAACUUUCCUCUCCGGAUCUCUGAUAUAACUCCACCUGGCUCUAGAGUAGAGAGUAACAAAGCCUUACUUACUCCAAACCAUGGCCUCCGUUGUGAUAGUCUACCAGUAGGGCAGCCAUUUUGAUUUGUAGUGCUUUUUACGAUCGCAAUUUCCCCACCCAUCUCAAUAAUUGUUGCCGUCUCUGGACCUCAAGAUGAACGCGUCCUCUUUGAUCUUCCUCCCGAACGCCUCCUCCUCCUCCUCCUCUUCCUCCUUCAAGCCCAUCGACGGCCAGACCAUAGAGGACCUGCAGAGUUCCCUCAGCACCCUGGCUCUUCCUAUCAUCUACCUGCUCGUCUUCCUCAUCAGCACGCCGUGUAACCUGCUGUGCUUCAUCCUGCUCCUGACGCGCACCAAGAGGCAAACCUCCACCAUCAUCCUGGCCAUUAACCUGUCACUCGCCGACCUGUUGUACAGCAUGGCCCUGCCCCUACAGAUCAUCUACCAUUUCUCCGGUAAUGACUGGCCCUUCGGCUCUGUGUGGUGCGGUAUCGCCACGGUGAUAUUCCACAGCUGUAUGCAGUGUUCCGUGCUGCUGACGUGUGCGAUCGCGGUGGAGCGCUACCUGGGCGUGGUGCACCCCCUGCGCUCCAAGCACCUCUGCACACCUGUGCGGGCGCUGCUGCUGUGCCUGCUCACCUGGGCGCUCGUGCUGGUGGUGCAGACGCCGUACUUCAGACACGACCUCACAAGAGAGGUGCCCCAGUUGAAUCUGUCCACCUGUUUUGACAUCAUCCCCCCCGGUACUUUCGGCUCCACCCGUACCCAUAUCUACCUCUACUUCGUGAGCGUGUGGGUGCUUUUCUACGCCGCGCCACUAGGGGUGCUGGUGGCCUGCUACGUGUGCGUGACGCGGGAGCUGCGUCGGUCGCCGCAGACGGACGGCGAGGACUACUCGCGGCGCUACGCCCUGCUCAUGUGCGCUACGGCCGCCGCGUGCUUCGUGCUGUGCUACCUGCCCAACGUGCUGCUGCAGGCCGUCCACCUGACCAUGAGGGGGCAGCACCUAGGCAGCCUCUACCCAUACUACAAGUUGACCCAUGGUAUCAACAGCCUGAACUGCUGCGUUGACCCCUUUGUCUACUACCUGGCCUCGCGAGAGUUCCGGAACACAUUCAGGCGGGCGUUGAGGCCGCUGCACUGCUGCCGCCGCCAGUGCGACACUGACGAACUCUCCACCCCCUCCGAGGUGCUCAGCAUCGUCAAGGCAACCGCAUACACCACCAGCAGGAUGUGACAUCAGCAUCGUCCAGGCAACAGCAGGAAGUGACAUCAGCAUCGCCAAGACGACCGCAUCAGCAUCGCCAAGGCGACCGCACAGCAAACAACAGGGGUGGGGAACCUAUGUCUCGAGGGCCGUAGGGGUGGGGAACCUAUGUCUAGAGGGCCGUUUGCGGCCUUUGAGGCCGUUUUAUAAGGGCCCCCGAUGUAAUUUUAAUGUUAUGGAGCUUCACAUGAAAUAUGAAUUUUUUUGUGUAGGAAUUUUAGAAAAUACAUUUGGAAUACAAUUAAGUUAUAUUCAGGGGAUCAAGAGAAGAUUGGGGUCUGUUUUAAAGGUGGCUGCCUUCAAUAUAGGCCUAAAGUGCAGGGGGGAAUCCUGGUUCGUGUUCAUAGUACGGCCCUCGGAGGACUUUUACGGCCCUCGGAUGAAUUUGAAGUCCCCACCCCUGGCAUCAGCCGCAUGUGAUCACCGAGGCAACCGUAUACAACGAGAGGCAGAAAUGAAGUCCAGACCUCCAGGAGUCCAGAUGUGACCAUGGCGGCUAAAAACAGCCAUGUGAGCAGAGGGUUGCAGGUUCGAAUCCCACCCUUACCUCCCC